AGCAGAUGUUUAGGCUGCACAUCCUCAAAACUAAAAUCCCACCACUGCCCCAGUACUGGGGACGAAGGUACUUCUCCAUCGAGCCCCAAACCAUAGUCAUGGCGUUGGGAGAAACGUUACAGGCCGUACAUGCCACGAGCGGUCUCCCGUGGUGGGCAGUGAUUCCUCUCUCCACAUUCGCCCUAAGAACAGUAUGGACGCUACCGCUUUCUAUACUCCAACGAAAACGGCUCCAAAAGCAGAGCGAGUACAAAGCGAUCAUCUCUGGUACUACGCCGGUGUUGAAGCUCAAUCUUGGGCAACGGGCGCAGGAAACUCGAAAUCAGCUUGCAGCCCCAUCGUCCUCAGACUCCGAACGAGCAGUACAGCUCCAAUCUCCACUAGCUAACAUCAAGUACGAGGAGAUCCUCUUGCUUUCGGCCAAGGAAACCCGCAAGCGUCAGAAGGCGUUGUUCAAGAAACACAAGAUCCAGCUCUGGAAGAACUUUGUACUUCCUGUGUUCCAGGUGCCGUUGUGGAUUUCGCUUUCGUUGACGAUGCGAAACCUCUGCGGGUGGCUAUCGUGGGACAGCUUGGCCAACCAGCCGCUCGACCCGGGGCUCUACACGGAGGGCUUGUUGUGGUUCUCAGACCUUACGAGUUAUGACCAUUAUCAUCUCACACCGGUGAUAUUGGGAGUGAUUUCGCUCUGUAACGUGGAGUGGUCCUUCAAGACCUUCGAACUUCUGAGGUUGGCACUGCGGCCCACCCUCCGGCCGACUUUGGCUGACGCAUUCGCCAACCUUUCGCGGAUGGGGGUGGUAUUUAUGAUGGCUAUCGCCAUGAAUGCCCCGGUGGGUCUCACACUUUUCUGGAUCAGCUCCCAAACGUUCUCAUUGGCACAGAACGUGGUACUCGACAUGGCCUUCCCGGUGGCCUUCACGCCACGGACGCGGGUGGCACCAUCGGUUGCUUCUACCGACUCCACCCCCAUAGUCAACCGUAGAGGUAGGUGAAGGUGGUGAAAAAUGGAAUUCACAGACAUGUAAAUAGAAUAAUGAAUACCUAGACAAGUA